AUGAUUCUCAGUGCCACAGCCCUGUUCGGGAACGCGGUGAUUCUAGUCACGAUUUGGAAGACAUCUUCUCUGCAUUCAGCUUCGUAUAUGUUGCUUUCAAGUCUCGCUGCAUCAGACCUUGCUGUUGGUUUGGUUGUACAACCUCCUUUCGCUAUAUUUUUGCUUUUGAGAACGACGAAUCGUGGAUUUCAUCGUAACGUGGCUUUCUUUUUAACCUUGGUGUCUUUGAUGAACAUCACAGCAAUCGCAGUGGAUCGUUUGCUUGCUCUUCAGCUCCAUUUGAGGUAUAAAGCAAUAGUGACAACAUUCCGCGUCAAAUCAGUUCUGAUUUUUAUUUGGGUGUUCGCUGCUGUUAGUGCUGUGCCUCUCGCAAGGAUAGGGCAGUUUAUUUACUACAUGUACCUUCCUCCUGCUAUUUAUACAUGUCUUCUCGUUCUUAACUUUAUUGUUUAUUGUAAAAUCUAUCUCAUCGUUCGAUAUCAUCGAAGACAGAUUCAAAUCCAGCACCAUCUCCAUCAACAACAGAGUCAGGCUGAUGAUAGAAAUCUUAUUACUGGGGGACGGCUCAAGAGAUCUGCAAUGAACACAUUCCUUGUGUACAUUCUUCUUCUGGUUUGUUAUCUUCCUUUUUCAGUUCAGUUAGGAAUUCGAUUUCUCAAUCUCGAUUUACACCAAGGCUCACCAACAGUUUUUAACGUGACACUUACAUUGGUUUUUUUCAAUUCUACCCUUAACCCUGUAUUUUAUUGUUGGCGAGAUGGCCAGAUUCGCACAGCUUUAAAACAACUGUUAAGCGGCUUAAACUGAAGUAAUUUAAAGAUAACAGAAAUUAAAUGCCUUUCUUUCAUCCAGAUGUUGGCACUGGAAAAGUUUAUUCCAUAGUCUUUCACGCUUUCCCCCUGUCUCAAGACAAUUUUCUGACCCAAAUGAUGCCUUUUAUCAUGACUAAGUAACCGUCAUGGUCAGUAGUAAAUCUCUCUAAUUAAAACCGCUAUGUGCUGAGUGUUAUGAACACAUGCCAGAGUCGUCUUGAAUGGACACAUUAAUAAUAAAAAAAGACUCUAAUAAUUGCAGUGCUUGGGUCAAAAUUAGUACUAGUGUGUUAAGUCAAAGAAGUGAAAGAAAAUUAGAAAUAAAAAUAUAUAUAUACAUGCCAACUGAUGUCAUCAAAAUAGAUGUAGAUUUUUUUUCACGAUACAAUUUGGCUAAACGUGUUUAUAAACAAAGACUUUUGUCAUGUUUAUGGCAGAAUCAACAAGGAAUAUUUUUUAGGCAAAAUCAUUUUGAGGGUGGAUCAUCUUCAUGGCAGAAACCCUUCAUCUGGAUGCUUCACUUUGCUUUUUCAUUCAAAUAUCUUUCACUACUCAUAUUGUUUAUCAUGCUGUCAGAAAUCAAAAGCAAGAAUGUCUAUUCAAAGGUAGUAAAAAACAAAAAGGCGGUUGUAGAGUAUUGUGUUUGGCCUCGUAAUUGCUCUGCCGGAGUCAAAAACAAAUAACACGUAAGUGAAGGUAUAUUACUGUAGAAAGCUCAUUUUGACAAUAAAACUCAAACUCAAAGAGAAGAAGUAAAAUUAAAACCAGCGUUAUCGCAACGGUCAAUCAGCACAAAGGUAAAUAAGACAGAGAAAUGAUGAGAUCUUGAAUGAGGAAACCACACUGAGGUGCGGAAAAAGCACAAAACUAACUCGGGAUUCGUUUUUGAUUAUGCCUCUGAUUGGUUAAGGAAGUCAUGUGAGUUUUAUCAACCAAGCACAAAAAAUGAAGCAAAAUCAAUUUAAUCUUGUUUCUUAACGGCAAAGUAAACACUCAAGCCAUACACGCGUUUAGAGAACAUAUUCUUUUAGUGUAAUUCGAUCUAUUUCUGACAUGAACCUCUCUGGUGAAGACUUCAAUUUCAAAUUCUACAUCCAGGCUGUACACGAGCUAAAUCACACCGUAGCCAUCUGCGUGAUAAACGUACUUCUCAGUGCCACAGCCCUGUUCGGAAACGCAGUGAUUUUGAUCACAAUUUGGAAGACAUCCUCUUUGCAUUCAGCUUCGUAUAUGUUACUGUCAAGUCUCGCAGUAUCAGACCUUUUUGUUGGUUUGGUUGUACAGCCUCUUUUCGCAUUGUUUUUGUUAUUUAACAAUUUCGAUCCUGUUCCACUUCACAUUUCAGCCGUCUUUUUAACUUUGGUGUCUUUAAUGAACGUUACUGCAAUUGCAAUAGACCGCUUCCUGGCUCUCAGACUCCAUUUAAGGUAUAACGCAUUAGUGACAACAUCACGCGUCAAGUUGAUUCUGAUUUGUAUCUGGCUAUUCUCUGCUGUUGUUUCAAUCCCUUACCUUGGGUUAAAGUAUUUCCGUCCUCUCUUGCUUCUUCAACCCGCGAUAUUUUUGUGCCUUCUUGUUGGUAACUUUAUUGCAUAUUCUAAAAUUUAUUUCAUCGUUCGACGCCAUCAAAGCCAGAUUCAACUUCAGCGCCAUCCUCACCAACGACAACAAGAAAAUAAUGGAAAUUUUUUCAGUGUCGUAAGACUCAAGAAAUCUGCUGCGAACUCAUUCCUUGUAUAUACACUCCUUCUGUUUUGUUAUUUUCCUUACACAGUCUAUGUAGGAUUGCGUCGUGAUACACACGGAAACUCACCAACAACUUUUAACACGAUGGUCACAUUGGUUUUUUUAAAUUCUUCCCUCAACCCUAUAUUGUACUGUUGGCGAGAUCGACAGAUUCGCACAGCUUUGAAGCAACUGUAUUUCAAAGUUAAUUCCUCUAUAUUUUCAUAA